AUGGAUAACGCCCUUUUAGCCCUCUCUUUGAAAGAUGAUGAUGCUCCUUUUAACCUACCAGAUUUUCCUCAGUUCUACGCCACAGAAAGAAAUGCAUGCAGCCAGAUAGGCCGUCUUCUUAACCCAAGAUUCCAGAAUAUGGCUAAUCUGAUUCUAGACAUGCCAAAGGAAGUGGCAAAAGAUGUUCUCGACAAAGGCAUGCAAACUCAUAAUGAUUCGGGUUUAGCCAUAAAAAAAUGGGUUGAAACCCCUCCUUUGGGUUAUCUCCAAUCAGUAUCAAUAUGGGUCAGAAUAAGCAACAUUCCGGUUAAUCACUAUACAAAGCCAGCCAUCACUGAGCUCGGUGAACUAAUUGGUCAUGUUGAAGUGGUCGCUUUUGAUCCUGAAAAGUCUCCGAGGCAAGACUAUGUUCGUGUGAAGAUUAGUAUUGAAGUCACCAAACCUCUCAAGAAAUCAAGGGUUCUCAACUUACCUGGUGGUGGUCAAACUACCAUCUACUAUUUCUAUGAAAAAGUCCAGAAAAGAUGCACGGAAUGUCAACGGCUCACACAUGCAAAGGAACAUUGUCCUCUCUUGGCCUACAAACAGAACAUGCGUGCGGUGGAAACUAGUAAAAACCGUCUCUCUCUUCCUACUUCCAACCAUACCUUCCUCUCUGAAGGUGAUCCUCUGUUUGGAGUCUUACAUGAGGAUCAAGUUGGUAUUAAUCCUCUCUCGGGUCGUCCUCGCAUUGCUCCGGAGGUUCUUCAAGAAAUGCGAAAUUACCUCCUUGCCUCAAGUAAAGAAGAGAGACAUGCUAGGGAGCAGAGAGUGAUUUUCUCGGUGAAAGAAGCUGAGAAAAAUCCUAUUAUACAAAAAGCGAUGUUACAACUUAUCUCUCCUCCGAUCUUCACAACAAACCUUGAUAAGGGUAAAGGGAUCGUCUUCGAUUUCGAGAAAGCUUCUUGUGAAUCCGAAACUACCUCUCAGCCUCAGAAGCUUAUGGCAUCGAUCUCAAACCUCUCCUUCUCUGGUGGCUCAAACAUCUCAACACCUACUGAGAAGCCAAAAAGGAAGAGUGGAAGAUACAAAAGGAUUCCUAAAACUCCUAAGAAGAUGAAAAAGGAUACAAAGGAGACUUUGGCUUCUACUUCUGAUGUCGCGACUCCUAGCAAAAAACGUAAAUCAGAAGAUGAUCUCUUCGGAUCUUUCAGGACAGAUAAGAAGAAUGCUCAGAAUUCAUCUCAAGAUAGUCUGCUCAAAAACAAAGAAGGAGUUCAAUUGGUUGUUGCAUCCAAGGCUGCUAAGAGCAAUGCAUCACAGAUGGUCCCGCAUGAGGGACCGUCCAAAGCCUAA